ACAGAGCAGCGCGGAAACACCGCAAUUAAUCACCGCAAAUGAAUGGAAAACCAGCUAUUUUUCUGCGCAAAAGAAGUGAAUCUGGAGACUCUAGUUGUGCUCUUUUUCUGGAAUGAGUUACCGGUCUGUGGAUGCAUGCAGAAGUGACACUGGAAAGCUUUAACUGAGACCUAUAAGGAGAGAUCUUGGCUCCUGCAGCCGUUUCCCCUGCAGGGCUGAGCUCUUUGGCUGGCUCGUCACUUCCUCAGCAGAGGGGCUGCUGGCAGGGUCCACAUCAGAGCAGGUCAUGAAGCCCCAAGAGGCCGAGCUGGUUACUGAAAUCUCAAAGUUACAAUGCAUGGUGUCGGAGCUGAAGACGGGCUUCACCAGCGCUCUGCUGGAGCUCAGUCAGAUCCAGCAUGGAGACACGUACCUGAGGGAGGAGCUGGAGGAGAACCGGAGGAGCUGCCAGAAGAAAGCGGUCCGUCUGGAGGGGCUGGUGGAGGCGCUGAGGGAGGAACUUGGAGUGAUGCAGUGUCAGAUCUUACAGCUGUACAGUCACAAACAGAGACCUCUGCAGGAGGGAAAGAGCUCCACACCCAAACACAGAGAAAGCAGUGAUCCAGCAGAGCCGUCCUGUGAUCGUAGCCAGUGCGAGUGUCCGUCUGCUCCGUCCACCUGUCUGUCCAGAGGAAAACUACUCCUUCACUGUUUCCUUCAGGGACUUAAAGCCGGACUGAGUGAAGGCACAGAUGCUCGACAUCAGGUGGCGAUGCAGCUUCUUCACUCUGAGUGGGAGUACGUUUCGACUUUAAACCAGCUGUACGACAAAUACAAGACUCUGCCUGCUCACCAGACGACUGCAGAGCCGUAUCAGACGUACCUGAAGUUUGUGGAGCAGCUGCUGCAGCGACAUCUUCUCUUCAGAAACACGCUGCAGGAGCGAUUAUCUGCAGAACACUGGAAAUCUCUGGUUGGAGACAUCCUGGUGCAGCUCAUCGGCCAGAACGAUACAGCGUUUUCAGACAUGUACCUCGGAUACACGACGACCCUGGCUUCUUUUCUCUCACUGGAGUUCAACAGACUGAAUCAUCCUGAGAAGAGCAGCAAAACACAGAGUCGACAGAUGGAGAGAGAGGAAAUGAAACUGCUCUCUCUGCUGUUGGCACCUGUCUCUCGAGUCCACAGCUACCUGAGCCACAUCCAGAAUUUGUUGCAGUGGACGGGUAAAGAGCAUCCUGACUGCAGCCUCCUGCUGGGAACCGAGCGAGCGCUGAGGAGCGUUUUGUCUCAGUGUCACGUGAUCCUGGAGGAAGACGUCCGAUGGGACGAAGGAGAAGGAGCUGGGCAAAGCUGCUCUGAUGCAGCGGCUGCUGGAUCGUCUGCAAACUGCUGCAGGAGGAGCCAACAGACCAGAGAGUCACAGCAGGAGUCCAGCGCUGCAGCUCAGAGAGACCACCAGCCGACCGCCGGCCUCACUAACGGUGUCGACAGCUGCCACGCCAUGCGUCUGGAGUGCUGGUCCUGCAGCCCGGUGAGGAGGAAGGGCUGUGGAAGAGACCGGAGCGUCCAGAACCAGCCAGCCCGGGACUGUGGACACGCUUACUGCUCCCUCCUCACCCCGGACGCCACCGGGUGGGGGGAGAACAGCGACUCAGGCCAGGGCACCUACAGCCAGCCCACCGGGAAGGGAACCAACGAGUUAGAGGGACCCCGCACCAACCACAGCCUGGAGGACUGCGACACGGACCCUGACGACACCUCGGCCUUCGACUACUCCUCGGUGACGUCCUGUAGCCCAGACGGCACGCUGCGCAGAGAGGGGAUGUGCAGCAACAGCGGGGAGGAGGAGGAGGAGGACAGCCAGGUCCCGGUGCUGUUGAAGCCCUCGUACUCCCAGCAGCAGCAGAGGGAGGCCCCCCGAGAGAGGGCGGUCUGUCUGAGGUGGCAGAUCCCCAGACUGACCCCCCACCCUCCUCUGAGGAACACAGCGGGGACAUGUGCAGACGGGCCCACGCCGUGUAUCGUCAGCUCCUAUGGGAAGAGGCUGGUCAGCGUCAGGAAGGGGUCGCCUCCUCUUCAUCCAAAAAGUGCCUUCCGGCCAAUCUGGGACGACCCGUCAAAACAGGCGGAUUCAGCUCCAGAGAGAGACAACAGACAGGGCUUCAUCCCCAUUCCAGGAGCAGCCAGACAAAGCUUUCAGAACUUCAACCCCAGCAGAGAAAACCUGAGACCGGGCCUGUCACAGCAGCGAGGCGCCAACCACACAGCAGCGAUGAACAGUGGAGGAUUAUGGGACGACAGCGAGGACAGCGAGGGACCCUGCAGCACUGUUUGAGGACCCUCUCUAAAAAACUCUUCCACAUUAGACUUUGACAUAAUCCAUUAGAUUAUUUUACAUCUAUUUUAAAGUAAAAGACUCCUGGAUCAACGUUCAAGCAUGAAUGAUAAAUCAGUAAAAAGAAAGGGAGAUUUUAUUCCCUAUAAAUCUGAACCUAAAUCAUAAACUAAGCAUUUGUUAAUUGGAUCACACAGAUUACCUUUUUACUGGUGGAAUAAAAACAUGGGUUUAUUUUGGAAGUUAUGGAAAAAUACUCAGGAACUAUUGCAUCCUCUUCUUAGUGAAAUAUUGAAUUUUUAACUUCUCUACAGAACCGCUUUGGUUACUCAGCAAAAUAAGAUCUCCAGAGACCUGUAA